AAAAAUUAAUAUGAAAAACCAAAGAGUAAAUCGUUAUCCGAGUAUAUCUCAGCCUGUCCACCAAUCACACAAGUUGCAGGCAGAUAGUAAGGCCUCGUCUCGUUCAAUAUAAGUGCAAGUGCACCAGCUGAGAAGCGGAGAGCAGCACCUAAGUCCUCAAACACACAGCUUAAUUACCCCCCAAAAUCCUCCGGUCAAGACAACCAUGCCGAUCCGGAACAUUGCCGUGGGUAGGCCCCAGGAUGCCAUUCACCCGGAUGCCUUGAAGGCGGCUUUGGCAGAGUUCAUCUCGACGCUCAUUUUUGUGUUUGCCGGCGAAGGCUCGGGCAUGGCGUUUAACAAGCUAACGAACGACAGCUCCACUACCCCAGCUGGGCUUGUGGCCGCUGCCCUGGCCCACGCUUUCGGUCUUUUUGUUGCUGUCUCAGUCUCCGCCAACAUCUCUGGUGGCCACGUCAACCCGGCUGUCACCUUUGGAGCCUUCAUCGGUGGUAACAUCACCCUCUUGCGUGGCAUCCUAUACUGGAUAGCCCAGCUCCUUGGCUCCACCGUUGCUUGCCUGCUUCUUAAGUUCUCCACCGGCGGGUUGACCACCAGUGCUUUCUCUCUGUCUUCAGGAGUGAGCGUCUGGAACGCCUUCGUCUUCGAGAUUGUGAUGACUUUUAGUUUAGUUUACACAGUCUACGCCACUGCACUCGAUCCAAAGAAGGGUAAUUUGGGAGUUAUCGCCCCCAUUGCCAUCGGAUUUAUUUUGGGUGCUAACAUUCUAGCGGGUGGUGCGUUUGAUGGAGCUUCCCUGAACCCAGCAGUUUCGUUCGGUCCCGCCUUGGUGAGUUGGUCCUGGGAGAACCACUGGGUGUACUGGGCUGGACCUCUUGUCGGUGGUGGACUAGCGGGAAUUGUGUACGACAUCUUUUUCAUCAACCAAACUCACGAGCAGCUGCCUCCGACAGGCUAUUGAAAGUUUGAAACAAUAAGAAACAGCGGAUCAUUAUUUUGGGCAUUGUAUGAACGGCCGUACGCAUUUAAUCAAACCUUUUCAAUAAUUCUUAUGUUUAGUUUUUCUUCGUACGUAGAUCUUUUCUAUACCAUUGUGAUAAGCAGCGAUGCUAAGAAUUUAUCCAUGAAUAAUGAUAACAAUAUCUCUCCA